CUGAGCCCCACUAGACACUAAGAAAACCCAUAGCUCUGGUUGCAUCUUUCAACAUGACCAAUCCACAGCCUGCCAUAGAAGGAGGAAUUUCCGAAGUUGAGAUCAUCUCCCAACAAGUAGACGAAGAAACCAAGAGCAUUGCUCCCGUGCAGCUGGUGAACUUUGCCUAUCGGGACUUGCCCCUGGCCGCCGUCGACCUCUCCACGGCGGGCUCGCAGCUCCUGUCAAAUCUGGACGAAGAUUACCAAAGAGAAGGGUCUCACUGGCUGAAGCCGUGCUGUGGGAAGAGAGCAGCCGUGUGGCAGGUAUUUUUGCUCAGUGCAAGUCUCAACAGUUUCCUGGUAGCCUGUGUAAUAUUGGUGGUGAUUCUCCUGACUCUGGAACUUCUAAUAGAUAUAAAGCUUCUCCAGUUUUCCAGCGCAUUCCAGUUUGCUGGCGUCAUUCACUGGAUCAGUCUGGUCAUUCUAUCCGUGUUCUUCUCAGAGACUGUUCUACGGAUUGUGGUACUUGGGAUCUGGGACUACAUCGAAAACAAAAUUGAGGUCUUUGACGGGGCUGUGAUCAUCCUAUCCUUGGCCCCGAUGGUGGCAUCCACCGUGGCCAACGGGCCCAGGAGCCCCUGGGACGCCAUCAGCCUCAUCAUCAUGCUCCGGAUUUGGCGGGUAAAGAGGGUCAUUGAUGCCUAUGUCUUGCCAGUGAAGGUGGAGAUGGAGAUGGUCAUCCAGCAGUACGAGAAGGCCAAGGUCAUCCAAGACGAGCAGCUGGAGAGGCUGACGCAAAUCUGUCAGGAGCAAGGGGUAACGCACUGCCACGUUCAUCUCUACAGCAGGGGACUGCCUCUGUCUGCUGAGAGAGCUGCCGCUGUCCAGGCCCCGCACGUGCUCAGCCAGCCGCGCCUCCGCUACAAGGUGGUGGAGGCCGGCACGUGGGACGAGGAGGCCGCGGCCGAGAGCGUCGUGGAGGAGCUGCGGCCCUCGCAAGAAGCUGCGGUCAAAGACGACAUGAACAGCUACAUCAGUCAGUACUACAACGGGCCCAGCAGUGACAGCGGUGUCCCAGAACCAGUGUGCGUGGUCACCACGGCUGCCAUAGACAUCCACCAGCCCAACAUCUCCUCAGACCUCUUCUCGGUUGACAUGCCCCUGAAGCUCAGUGGCAAUGGCACCUGUGCCAGUGCCACCUCAGAGAGUGCCUCCCGUUCCACCCGCAGCUCUGUCACCCGGGCCCAAAGUGACAGCAGCCAGACGCUGGGCUCCUCCACGGACUGCAGCACCGCCCAUGAGGAGCCAUGCUCUGAGCUCAGCCCCUCUCCCUUGCCACUGCCACCACUGCCCCAGCAGCAGGUGGCGGAGGCCAAGGUCCAGGACUUGCUGUCCUCCCUGUCAGAGGACCCCUGCCCAUCCCAGAGGGCCUUGGACCCAGCCCCCCUCGCCCAGCCCAGCCCAGCGGGCUCAGCCCAAACCAGCCCCGAGCUGGAACACAGGGUAAGUCUGUUCAACCAGAAGAACCAGGAGGGCCUCACUGUCUUUCAGAUCAGGCCUGUCAUCCACUUCCAGCCUGCGGCACCCAUGCUGGAGGAGAAGUUCAGAUCUUUGGAAUCCAAAGAGCCAAAGUUGCACAGAGUCCCUGAGGCCUAGGGCCUCCCAGAGGUGGGCUGGGUGGGAGGAGGGGAGACAGCCAUCUCAAAGCUCUCCUGGGACCCGGGAGGCCGCCAAGGGCCACGUGUGGGCCCAGGAGCCCACUUGGUCUCCCUCAGGGUGCUGCUGCCUGCCCUUAGGGAGGUGAUGCCAGGCCAGGAGGCCACACGCCUCAGACCUCAAAGUACACAGCUGGCGCCUCCUCUUGCCCUGCUCAGGGGAGGGUGGUGCUUGGGGCUGGGUUUUUUUAAACCAUUUUUACAAAAACCAGCCUGUGGCCCAGCUUCAGCAGGGUAGAGUGCGGGGCCAGCUCAGCCUCUUCCGUUGCCUUCGUUCCUGACGCCGCCCUGAACCCUCGGGAACCGCACUGUGAGCAGGGGCUGUCCAGCCCCACCCCAAGCCGUCUUUUCCAGGAAUCCUGGGUGGAGCCGACACAAUCACAGAGACCACAUUUGAGCCUCUUUCAUUUGUCCUCAUUCUCUCAUUUCGGCAUGAGCGUUGCUGA